UCUCCAUGAUUUAAACAAUUUUGAAUAGUCAUUUCCAAAAUACCCAGAUCACAAAACCACCCACCCGGCCUAUAUAUCGAUGGAAGAACAAGAAGAACAGGAGACAAAGCAGCCACGACAUCAUGAUUCAGCAGGUCACCAUACAAGAAGGAAUAACUUAAGAAAGGGUUUUGUAGAGAUGAUGUUAAGACCAAUACAAUGGUUGAAAAUGUUGGGUGAAGAGCUGCAUUGGAGCUUUGUGUUGGGAGUGGUGAUAGUGUACGGAAUCAGUCAGGGUUUUGGUGUGGGAUUGAGUAGAGUCAGCACACAGUAUUACAUGAAAGAUGUGCAGAAGGUGCAACCUUCUCAAGCACAGGUCUUGAUUGGGGUAAUCCACUUUCCUUGGAUUGUUAAGCCCCUUUGGGGUCUCCUCACUGAUGUUGUCCCCAUUUUUGGUUACCGGAGACGGCCUUAUUUCAUUUUUGCUGGGGUACUUGGUGUUAUCUCCAUGCUAGUUCUAUCACUCCACAAGAGUUUGCAUCUUGCAUUUGCCUUGUUAUCUCUGGUGGCAGGAAGUGCUGGUAUUGCAAUUGCAGAUGUGGCUAUUGAUGCCUGUGUCACACAGCAUACCAUAAGUCACCCCUCCCUUGCUGGUGAUAUGCAGAGCUUGUGUGGACUGAGCUCUUCUAUUGGAGCAUUGAUAGGAUUCUCUCUUAGUGGCUUUUUUGUUCACCUAGCUGGGGCUAAGGGUGUAUUUGGGUUGCUUAGUAUCCCAGCUAGCCUAGUUGUUUUGGUUGGGAUCUUGUUGAAAGAAUCCCACGUGCGCAACUUUGCUUACAAAAGAGUAAAGGAGAAGUUUGUAGAUGCUAGCAAGACUAUGUGGACAACACUCAAAUGUCAGGAUGUAUGGAGACCAUGUUUGUACAUGUACUUGUCUCUUGCAUUGGGUUUGCAUAUCCACGAAGGGAUGUUCUAUUGGUACACAGAUGCAAAGGAGGGUCCAUCUUUCUCACAGGAGGUUGUUGGAUCCAUUUUCUCUGUUGGUGCUGUGGGCUCUCUCUUUGGGGUCCUUCUGUACCAAAACUUUUUGAAAAACCAUCCUUUCCGUGAUGUACUUUUUUGGGCCCAGUUGUUGUAUGGUAUGUCUGGAUUGCUAGAUUUGGUAUUGGUGUUGCGUAUAAAUUUGAAACUUGGUAUGCCAGAUUACGUUUUUGUGGUGAUUGAUGAAGCUGUUUCCCGUUUGAUUGGGCGGAUUAAAUGGAUGCCUUUUCUUGUACUCAGCUCCAAGCUUUGCCCAGCUGGUAUAGAAGGCACUUUCUUUGCUCUAAUCAUGUCAAUUGAUCAUAUAGGGUUGCUUUCAUCAGCUUGGUCAGGAGGCCUAGUGCUCCACAUCUUGAAUGUCACACGAACACAAUUUGACAACCUUUGGAUAGCCAUUUUAAUUAGGAGCUUGCUAAGACUUAUUCCAAUUGGAUUCCUAUUUUUGGUACCUAGAAGUGAUCCCAAGUUGUCCAUCCUUUCAUCUGAGAUGUUGAGGACAAAAAAGAGCAAUGAUAUACUUGAUCAAGAGAAUAUUGAAAUGGCCUCCCUUGUCAAUAGCAUUGACUAGAACCUGGGUUUGAAUUAAGGCAGAAUUUCAAGAGAGAACAAGAAAUGAAGCAAGUGAUUAUAUCAUCUAGUUGGACAUCUCCAAAAGUUAACAUCCUGUUUCCUUGCUGGAAGGUUGUUGUAGCAAUUAUCUUUAGAAUGUUAGAAUACUUCAGUAUGUAAGGACGUGCUCCUUUUUGUUCCUAACCACUAUGUUUCCGGAGGUAAUACCAUUGGUUCCCUUUGAAUAUAUUCUUAUUUGAAGUUGUUAUUAAGCACUUCAUAAGGCAAAAAUAAAUUACCAAAGCAUCUGACGAUAUGAGGUUCAGACUCUGGAAAUUCUCACUUUACUGAAUUGCCUCUUUGCCUCAAGCCCUGGAAGCAAACUAGGCAACAAUUUUGAGAGGGAGCAGACAGAGACAUUCUACAAGACUUAGUUGAUUUCACAGUGACUAUAUUUCAAGGUAUCUAGCAGGUUGUCUCUCUUUCUGUCUGUUUGAAUUGUAUCAAUUUUUUCUGACCAUCUUUUCAGUAAAACCACUGAUCCA